AUGGCAGCCGAAGAGUUGCCUCCAGAUCCACGAGCAGCUGGAAGCAGCUGCACAGAAGUGGACCAUCGGCAGUGGGUGCGCUUGCGCGACAGUCGAACAGAGGAAGGAGAGGCAAGACAAGUCCUGAGGCAUGAGCUCUCCGGCGAAGAGGUUGCUUUGAAAACGCCUGGGGCGAAUUUGCAUUACCAAGAUGCCUUCGCAUAUCUCAGUUUCUCUGAUGACAGCAACGCUCUGUCAAUGGGUUUCAGCCUUCUUGCAGAAAUCUGUUUGGGCGGCACCGUCUCUGGUGCUCAGUUUGUUUUUGAGCACCACGUGGAUGGCUACAGGUGCCGGUGGUGCUGCGAAAUGGAGAUUCUUAAAAGUGUCGUGUGUAUGCCUCUGGAGCAUGGAUGUGGCAAGACAGCACAGCUCCAUGUGUGGUGCUUCAAAACAUUGUCGCGACAGAGGCACGGCCGACUCUUCUUUGAGAUAUCCUGGUUUCUGCAAGCAUUGGGUUUGGAGCAUUCUAGGGGAUGGAUUGCUGAGAAGUGGCGUAAGGCUUGGAGAGUCAUGAUGGAAAGGCGUGAAUUGAACGAGGCCCACUAUCUGGUUCCCUACAAAAGCUCGGCGUCUCAGAGGUUGAGCGAAGGGGGCCGGUGUGUUGACGGGUACGCUUCGUCGAGUGCAGCUACUGUGCACUUCCUGGUGAACCUGGGGCGGCGGCGACAGGAUUUCAAGUUGGAGAAUAGCCUACGAGUUAGCGAAGCCGCCCUAUGCCAUGGAUCCCUCAGCAUCAGAUGCAUCGACCUGUGGAUGGAGGACACAAAUGCCGAGCAGUUGGACGCGCCGUUCUUCCGAAAAGAGAUCCCAGCCAAGACUGCCAUUGCAGCAAGGAAGAAAGCCAAGACGGCUGAGGAGGUGAAAUCCAUGCAGCAACGCAGUGUUCAUCACGCUUCGGCGCGGGCUUUGGAUGAGCUCGUGGAGAUGCUCAAGCCCCGCCCCUUGGUGACCCAGCAUUUGCUGUCACUCCUUGACACGAAAGCCUUUGAUGGAGUUGACAAGUUCAACGAGCAAGACAACGACAAGCUCCCUCCUAGCUGCAACAAGUUUGGACUACUUGCCAAGACCAUUGUCAUUGGUCUCAUAAGCGACAUGCUUCCUGCCUUGCAGGAGUGGUUGAACAGUAUGCCCAAGAAAGCCUGCAAGAAGCCCAUGCUCCAAAUGCUUUGCUUCAUGUGCCACACUUCGGAAAAGUCUGCGUUGCCAAGUAAGCGCAAGACUGUGCUUGCAGAGUUGUGCCUAGCCCGGUGGAGAGACCAUGGUCUCAGGAUGAAGAAUGUGUCCUUGAACAAUCCACCCCGGGAUGAGGAGGACUCGGAGGAGGUGGAGCUGCACUACUUGCCAGGGGGGAUAACUUGCAAGCUGCCUGCAAAGCUGAAGGCCGUCAGCUCGGAGUUGGACAUUACGGAUCCGCUUCACUUUCAGAAUGCCAAGCUGAUUGCAAACCAUGGCUUGAUCAGUGUGUCUUGCCUGCAGAUUUGGGAAGAAAUGGGCGGCGAAACUCUCGAGCUGCCAUACUUCGUGAAGGAAGUCCCUGUCCCUGUCACUGGGAGCGCAAGCUCCACACCUUCACCUGCGAGAGCCAGCCUUUCCUCGUCUCCAAGGACACCAGUGCACCGUGGGGCCAGGGAGAGCAGCAUGACGCCGCCUCCACCACCUGGCCGUGGAGGUGCUUUCUUGGGCGACUUCAGCUGA